AUGUCCAUAUCUCUCCAGGUUAGCCUGCUAAGUGGAAGAACCAUUUGCUUGGAUGCUGAGCUGGGAGAGUCACUACAGUCCUUGAGCGAUCGCGCACAGGUUGCGCUGGCUUCAAGGAGGGGCAGUUUUCUGAAUGCUGAAGGGAAGAUGCUACAUGGAGCAUCAACUGUCGAGGAUUGCUGUCUGAAGGAUGGUGAUGUAUUGACAUUUCAUAUGGGGCAGAUCGAGGUUUUCAUGUCACGAGGUCUACCAGCUGCAGCUUCCAUCUUGAGCGACGGAUCGUUAGUAGCCUGGGGGGAAGCCGAGAGCGGAGGCGACUGUAGCUUUCUUACAGAUCAGCUGAAGAACGUUCGGAAGAUUCAAGGCUCACAGAGUGCUUUUGCAGUUCUUCUCGCCGAUAGCUCCGUCGUGACCUGGGGUGACAAGCGCUGUGGGGGUGAUAGCAGCGCUGUCCAGCACAAGCUGCAGAAAGUAGAGCACAUCCAAGCAUCGAACGCAUCAUUUGCCGCACUUCUGAAUGACGGAUCUGUGGUCACCUGGGGUGAUGCAGCUGCUGGCGGGGACAGCAGCAGUGUUCAUGACCAGCUGAAGAAUCUGAGUUGUUCUGCGGGUGCUUUUAAGGCUUUUUUGGGGUAG